AUGACCCCGCCGGGCCCUGGGUGGGAGUCACCGGAAGCGUUUCAGAAGGCGUUGUGGUGGUACAAUGCUAUCAUCCCUCAAUGGAUGGCGCAAGGUCCAUUACUCUCCGUGCAGGAGAUAGCUCAACUGGGCUUUCAGCAAAUUGCGGUUUUGCUUCAGCUUUUGGGUGGUAGCCCAACCCCAGGCAAGGCUGCACAGAAUCGUGCUGAAAGCAUUUCCGCGCCCACGCUCUUCAUUUGCGGGAACGAAGAUCACGCAAUCCUUUGUACGAAACCCUUCUCAAGGGCGACGCAGCAGUAUUGCAAAGGCAGCUAUGAGUUUUUGGAGGUAACGUGUGGGCAUGAUCUCCAGCAUUGCCAUGACCCGGAUCAGACUGGAAUCGUGAAUGAUGCUAUUCUCGACCAUAUCAAGAAGCAUUCGCAUUGGUGGUAUGCCAGGUAUGCUUCUCGCAAGUGA